GGUUUCUUUUUAUUAUUUUCUAUGUCUAUGAUAUUUGAGUCUAUGUUUAUGGUCAAAAACCGGUUUCUGAUGAUGUGUUUAUUGCAUUUCUGUAGCAUUUGGAUGUGGUGUUCUAUUACCUCAGGAAAAAGAUUAAGCAAGACAAUAUUUUGGAACAGAGGAUUACCACUACUGAUUGUUUAUUUGAUCAAGUCAUGUGGAAUUCGUACAAUCAAUUUUUGAAAUCGGGUUCUAAUCCUUCUAGGAUUGACUUUGAUAAUGUCAUUCCUAGAUACAUGGUUGGUGAGUAUUUGUUUUGUAAUACUCCUUGGGUGCUUACUGACCAUGUUCUUAUGUAUGUCAAUAUUCAAAAGCACAAACAUUGGAUAUUGGUCCAUUUUGACAUCAAGGAGAGGAUGUUGAACAUAUAUAACUCCAUGUCUGGUGCUGUCAACAAGAAACGCGCUUUGGAUCAUGUCAAAGCUUAUUCUUCUAUGCUGCCGUUUUAUUUGGAGUAUCUUGAUGUGUAUUCUUCUAGGCCGGAUCUUAAUUUGGAUCAAGGUCCAUAUUCCGUUGGGAAAAGAGAGCCUUUGAAUUUCAAGUUCAUAGAUGGUCUUCCAAGUCAAGUCAAUAGGGACUGUGGAGUGUUUGUCAUUAAAUUUGCUGAAUUUUUCAUUCGUGGGAAAAUUCAUGACAUUCCAGCUAACAUGUCUGAUUUGGUAGCCGUAUAUAGAGAUGAUAUUGCUGUGAGCUUGUUUAUUCAUGCUAAGAGGAAACAAAUUGGUGGUUAUAUAACGGAUGAUGAAGUGAUGAAAAAGGGCAAGAAAUCAAAGGAUAAGGCAAAUGUCAAAGGGAAGGAUAUUCCAAAGGGAAAGCGCAAAGCGAAAUGAUUUCAAACAAUGUUCUAUAGUUUUUAGUUUUCAGACAAACUGGUUUCAUUUGGUUUUUUCUAUUAUUUUU